ACUGUGUAUAGUCAAGGAUAGUGUAGUGUGAAAGUGUGUAGCGGUGGCGAUAAGCGAAAAAAAAAAGAGUGUUUUGUAAAAGACUAAAAAUCAUCAUCGGCCUCUAAAUCACGGAUGAAUUUGUAGCUUCGCCGAGGGCAGCGUCAAAUUAAACAAUGUUUCACCAUUACGUGGUAACGGCUCACAAGCCAACCUCCGUCUCGGCUUGCGUGACCGGCAACUUUACCUCUCCCACCGAUCUCAAUUUGAUUUUGGCCAAGAACACCCGUCUCGAAAUAUAUCUCGUAACACCUGAAGGGCUUCGACCUCUUAAAGAAAUUGGCAUCUACGGACGGAUUGAUGUUAUCAAGUUUUUCAGGCCACAGCACGAGAAGAAAGAUCUUCUUUUCUUGCUGACGUACAAGCUCAAUGCCAUGAUCUUGGAAUGCAUCGGAGAAGGAGAAGACAUUGAAAUCAUUACGAAAGCCCACGGGAACGUUUCUGACAGUAUUGGCAAGAUAUCCGAGAGUGGCAUCAAAGCUAUAAUUGAUCCCAAAGCGAGGGUCAUUGGUUUACGGCUUUAUGAUGGAUUGUUUAAAAUUAUUCCACUUGACAAAGACAAUCCAGAGCUGAAAGCAUCUUCCAUUCGUAUGGAUGAACAAAAUGUUCAAGACGUAAACUUUUUGCAUGGAUGCGUCAAUCCAACUUUGAUAUUGAUUCAUCAAGAUAUUAACGGCAGGCAUGUAAAAACGCAUGAAAUUUCACUAAAAGACAAAGAAUUUGUGAAAAUCCCGUGGAAGCAGGACAACGUUGAACGUGAAGCCAUAAUAGUCAUUCCAGUCCCGUCUCCGAUAUGUGGAGCAAUCAUAAUUGGACAAGAGAGCAUCAUGUAUCAUGAUGGUACAACUUAUGUUACUGUAGUACCACCAAUCAUAAAGCAAAGCACAAUCCAUUGCUAUGCCAAAGUGGAUAGCCAAGGCUUGAGGUAUCUCUUGGGUGACAUGGCCGGUCACUUGUUUAUGCUUUUUUUGGAACAAGACAAAAAACCAGAUGGUACAAUGGUUGUAAAAGAUUUGAAGGUUGAACUGCUUGGAGAAGUCAGUAUCCCAGAGUGUAUAACAUACCUGGAUAAUGGAGUUAUCUUCAUUGGUAGUCGCUUGGGUGAUUCUCAACUGAUCAAACUAAUCACCAAGGCAGACGAAAAUGGUUCCUACUGUGUCCUCAUGGAGAGCUUUACAAAUCUCGCUUCUAUAGUUGACAUGGCUGUUGUAGAUCUCGAGAGGCAAGGACAGGGUCAAAUAGUCACGUGCUCUGGCGCUUUCAAGGAAGGCUCACUGAGGAUCAUUAGAAAUGGAAUUGGCAUUCAGGAGCAUGCAAGUAUAGACUUACCUGGAAUUAAAGGCAUGUGGGCUUUAAAAGUAGGAGGAUGCAAUUUCGACAAUACUUUGGUAUUAUCGUUUGUCGGCCAAACAAGAAUACUUACAUUGAACGGAGAAGAAGUAGAAGAGACUGAAAUACCAGGUUUUGUUGCUGACGAGCAGACCUUCCACACGAGCAACGUUACAAACGAAGUCAUCAUUCAAAUAACCUCGGUUUCCGCCAGGCUUGUCUCUAACGCAACUAAAAAUGUCAUAUCCGAGUGGGAACCCGAAAAUAAGAAAACCAUCAGUGUUGUAGCAUGCAACGGAAAGCAAGUCCUCUGCGCGACAGGGAACGAAUUAUUUUACUUGGAAAUUAAUGACAAUCAAAUUGUUCCAAAGGGUUUUACUACCCUUCAGCAUGAAGUCGCCUGCCUGGAUACCUCUCCAUUGGGGGGAAAAAGUGAGGCGAGUCUUGUAGCUGUUGGCUUGUGGACAGACAUCUCGGUCCGUGUUUUAACUUUACCUAAUUUGGAAGAAGUUAAUAAGGAACUGCUUGGAGGUGAAAUUAUACCAAGAUCAAUAUUAAUGACGUGCUUUGAAGGAAAUUCUUAUCUUCUUUGUGCCUUGGGAGAUGGAAGUAUGUACUACUUUACUCUUAAUGAACAAAACGGAACACUGGCUGACAAGAAAAAGGUCACUCUUGGCACUCAGCCAACAGACUUGAGGACAUUCCGAUCUCUCUCCACUACAAACGUUUUUGCCUGCUCGGACAGACCAACUGUCAUUUACAGUUCCAAUCACAAGCUUGUAUUCAGUAAUGUCAACUUGAAAGAAGUAAAUCACAUGUGUUCAUUGAAUGCAGAAGCAUAUCCAGACAGUUUAGCUCUUGCAACAGACAGUACUGUCACAAUCGGUACCAUCGAUGAAAUACAGAAGCUUCACAUACGAACUGUACCCUUGGGUGAGUCCCCAAGAAGAAUCGCUUACCAAGAGGCAACUCAGACGUUUGGAGUAAUCACCACGCGCAUUGAUGUUCAAGAAAGCAAUGGAGUUACCAUUGUAAGAUCAUCCGCUUCUACUCAAGCAGCUUCUGUAUCAUCUAGCAGUGCACUUGCGUCACACAACAAACCCAGUAAUGCCACUAGCGAUGUUGGACAAGAAGUUGACGUUUAUAAUUUAUUGAUCAUUGAUCAGCACACAUUUGAAGUGCUUCAUGCACACACACUGAUGCCAAACGAGUAUGGAAUAUCAUUGACCUCAACUACAUUAGGAGAAGAUCCAACGCCGUAUUACAUUGUUGGUACUGCAUUUGUUAAUCCAGACGAAUCAGAACCAAAAAUGGGUAGAAUCUUACUUUAUCAUUGGAAUGAUGGAAAAUUAACACAAGUUGCCGAAAAAGAAAUCAAAGGUUCUUGUUAUUCCCUUGUUGAGUUUAAUAAGAAACUUUUAGCCAGUAUUAAUAGCACAGUCAGACUAUUUGAAUGGACAGCUGAAAAAGAAUUGAGGCUAGAGUGCAGUCACUUUAAUAAUGUUAUUGCUUUGUACCUAAAAACAAAAGGUGACUUUGUUCUUGUGGGUGAUCUGAUGAGAUCAGUCACAUUGCUGCAAUACAAAACUAUGGAAGGUAGUUUUGAGGAAAUCGCCAGGGAUUACAAUCCAAAUUGGAUGACUGCCAUUGAAAUUCUAGACGAUGAUACUUUCUUGGGGGCUGAAAAUCAUGACAAUCUUUUUGUAUGCCAAAAAGACAGUGCGGCAACAUCCGAAGAAGACAGACAACAAAUGCAAGAAGUUGGACAGUUUCAUUUAGGAGAUAUGGUAAACGUAUUCAGACACGGAUCCUUGGUCAUGCAGCAUUUAGGCGAAUCCAGCACUCCAACGCAAGGUUGCGUUCUGUUUGGUACCUUGAAUGGUGCGAUUGGUUUGGUUACGCAAAUCCCGGCGUCUUUCUAUGAACUCCUUCGUAAUCUAGAAGACAGGCUUGCAUCUGUCAUCAAAAGUGUAGGAAAAAUCGAACACAGUUUCUGGAGAAGUUUCUAUACGAAUUUGAAAACGGAACAGUGCGAAGGAUUCAUUGACGGCGAUUUGAUCGAAAGUUUUUUGGAUUUGAGUCAUGAAAAAAUGGCUGAAGUUGCAAUGGGUCUGAUUGUAAGUUUCAUAUCAAGCAAUGGAAUGAAGAGAGAAGCAACUGUUGACGAUUUGGUAAAGAUUGUUGAAGAUCUGACAAGAAUACACUAAGUAGCGGUUUCUCAAAGUUUUAAUUAUAAAGAUUUAUAAGUAUAAAAAAUCGAAAACAAGGAACGAAAUGGAACAACGUAAACCAGUUAAUUUUAAAUUGUCAUUCAAAAAGCACUCAGUAUGCUCACAAGUUUUGUAAAUAUGUAAGAAUCAUGGCAUCUAAAUAAGGAUCUUCGCAAGAUUAGUGAAAAAUCAAUAUGUUAAUGAAAAAAGACGUUCUAACUUGUAGUUUUGAACGAACUGAAUGAUUAUAUUGUGUUAAUUUUAGAUUUAAGCUUUCUCUACGAAAAUAUAGAUUUUCAAAAACACCAA